AUGAAAACCCCGGGGGAGAGGACAAAACUGCGUUGGUGCGAAGAAAUAAUAAGCCACAUCAGGGCGGGGAAGGGCCCCAUUUGUAAAGGAAAAAUUACGUGUACAGAUAGAUCCAGUCAAGCGGAAGAAUCGCCACAAAGAAGGAGAAGAAGUAAAAGGGACUUCCUAAAUUUCGAACGCAACUGUGUUAGGCACAUUCAUAAGAAUUGCCUCCUCCUGCAGAAGUUGCUUCGUUAUAAGGCGCACCCUGCGCGGGUUAAAAGAGGUAAUAAGCAUUCCCCGUUAGGCCCGUUGGCCACGUUAGCCCCCAAUGCACAUGUCACAAAUGGAGGGAACAGCGAUGCUGCAGGUGGGAAGGAAGCGAGGCAUAUCGUGCAGACAGCUACGGCCGAGACGCUGUGUACAGACGCGGGAAGGAGCACCCCGCAUACUGCUUCUUUAAAGCAAGAAAUGUUGGGAAGACCAUCCAGGGGGGUGCCUACAAGAGGGUGGAAACACACCACCGAUUUGAUGUUAACCCAGACCAUCAUCCUGACCCUGUUCGAGCCUUCCUUGUUAAAAAUUUCGUUAAAAUAUUUUAACCUCUUAACCGCGUCGAUAGUGAAUCAGCUAUUUCAGGAGGCGCUACACUUGGCAAGUUACAAUUAUGGCGAGGGGGUGUACCAGAAGGAAGGCGGAAGUAUUGCCUGUAUAGGCAUUCCGAAUGUGACCGCAACCGGGAGAGAGAAAACGAUUAAUAGCGGUAACACCAAAAGAAGGAAAAAAAAGCAACACGGGGAGGAGAAGCGCAUCGGUGCGUUGAGCGGAGAGGAGAGCGACGCCCCUCCCAUUCUGCCCAUUUACAACCUCAUCAAAAAGUUUAACAUAAAUGUGGAAGUUUAUUUCUGCAUGAUAUGCAUGAAUAGCCUUCUGUUCAGCAAGGAUUCGUUUUUUAAAAGUGCGAUCGAUUAUUUCUUUAAGGAGGUGUUUCCCAAAUCUUCGCAGUGUUAUGGGUACUUCGAGGCCAUCGUGCGGAGGUACGUGAAGGAGCAGGGUGAGCGGCUGCUUGAGAAAGAAGCCGCCAACCAUGUGGGGAGCAUUCCCAGGAGCCCCAGCAGAAGCCCGCCAUUCAGCUCUUCCACUCAUUACUGCGUAAAUAUGCUGCUCCUUUUUUGCCACCUGACUUUGGAGAAGACGCUAGACAGAACGUACCUGAAUCUGCUGCCCCCCAUUUUAAAGUGCAAACGGAGGAACCCCUUUUUGGAGGAUUUAAUUUACCUGAUUUAUAUGCACCACCAUGGGAUUGGGCGGACCGUCUUUGCAGAGGAGAUUGCGACUAGCCAGCUCAUUCGAGUGGAAGCCCCCCCUCGUGGUGGUUCCCCCUCAUUAGACAGCCCCAUAGUGAAUACAGAUAGCCGCGAAUUCCUUCAAGACGCAUCGCGCGAUAUACGGCGCGUGCUGCUAAAGCAUCGCUACAGCGUACACAAUUUGGACUACCUGCACGUGGAAAAGUUCCGAGUGAACAGAGAGGAGAACGCCUGUGUGAAAUUCUGCGUGGACUUCCAGUCAGUGGUGUACCCAUCCUUUUCCAUCAAAGGGAAAGAAUCCCAGAGGGCGAAGAGAGGAGGAACCAAGUUUGUCCUGACCAGCAGGCUUAACAGCGUAAUCGAAAUGAUGGUGAUAAACGUGUAUGAGAAUAGGCCAACCAUCCUCAUAGGAUCGCACGGCUCGGGAAAAACCUCCCUAAUUAAUUAUAUACAUGAAAAAAUAUAUGAACAUGAAAAGGGGGAGAGAGGGAAAAAGGUUAUAAGCUUAUACCUAGACGACGUGGUAGAUUCUAAGUCCAUUUUAGGUAUUUGGGAAAGCAGUGAGAAGCGCUUCGAAUUUAAGUUUGGCAUUCUGGCCAAGGCCAUGAUGAGUGGCAACUGGGUGGUGUUCGAAAAUGUGAAUAACAUCUCCAGCAGUGUGGUGGAGAAGCUGUGCGAGUUGACUGGCAAGGGGCACAUUUACCUCUCCGAACGGGGGGAGCACAUCUACCCCCACAAGGACUUCCGCCUAUUCGCCACCAUCACCGCGGAAGUUGCCAGCGGUACAAACGUAGCCAGCGGCGCAGACGAGGCUAACCCCGCCAAUGCCGCUUACGCCGCUUACUCCGCGAAGCGCCACUUGAGCGAGCGCGCCCUGCUGUACCAGCGCGCCCGGCUGAACCAGCGGCCCGGCCACCUGAGCAGCCUGUUCAACAAGUGGCACAGCGUGCACGUCGGAAGCUACCGCGAAGAGGAAGUGGAGGAAAUUCUGCGCAAAAAGUUGAAGCACCAAGUGAGCGAAAAUUACAAGGCAGUCAUUCUACAGGCUUACCACAGCGUGAAGGCGCUGCUGGAGAAGUACCCCCUGCUGAGAAGCAUCAACCUGCACGACUUGGUAAAAAUUAUCAAACGGGUUAGGAAAAGAAAAAUCUUUAUGCAUGAAAAUGAGAAGACGAGGGCCAUCCUGUUCCAAACGUGCAAGUCCAUCCUCACAUCGCAUGUGCCGAAUGAUAGCUUGAGGGCCUACUUCCAGAAAAGACUCCUGAAACUGUUUGACCUUCAGGAAAAAAGCGUCGCCAAGUGGUUACAAGUGAACACCCUUAGUGACUACGUGGAGCAGUUUAACGAAACGUUGCGAAGAGAAAAGGGAAAGAUUUCCCUCCAGUGUGAAAACAUUACAAGCCAUUCCUUCCUCCUAACAUCUGUGCAUAAAUCCAUUUUGUGCGAAAUUAUUGAAGGGGUGCACAAUAGGGAGAGUAUACUCCUCAUAGGAGACACUGGGGUUGGAAAAACAGCCCUGGUGGAUUACGUGGCGAAAAUUUUUCGGAAAAAGUUACUCGUUUUUGUCUUCAGCGAACAGUCGGAAGCGUCAGAUUUGAUUGGAAAUUACUACCCGUUCAAUAUAAGCGUAAAGGCGAAUGAAUUGUUUGAGGAGAUGAAAAAUUUGAAUGCCCAAAUUGGGAGUCACCUAUGUGCGAAGGAGUUAGACGUGCUGUACCUGAAGCUGAAAAUCGUGUUAAGUGAGAAGAAGUUUAUUACCUUUUUAAACACCUGCCACAAUUUUGCCAAAUGGCUAGUCCGCAAAUUUGAAAACGACACCAGCAUUUUUGACAUGCGCGUUGUGAAGAGGUACAAAAUAUUUCAGCACGACUGUCAGGGGGUCAUCCACUUUUGGAGAUCCGGUGGGGGGACAAGUGCACAAGGAAGAAGGGGGGUACCAACCCCGGAUGGUAGCAACUCCCCCGCGUUGAAGCUCCAAUUUGGUAAGUUUUUUCAAGGGGGGGGACAACCAAAUGGAGGCCCCACGCAGAACAACACGUGUGAAGCUCCCUCAGAGGAGAAACACAAAGAAGCUGAAGAAGAAGAAGAAGAGGAGGAGUGCAACCCCAACGCGAAUGAGUUAAUUUUCAAAUUCCACGACGGCAUCCUCAUCGACUGCAUCCGAAACGGCCACUGGCUGCUUCUAGACGAAAUUAACCUCGCGCAGACGGAAAUUCUGCAGCGGUUGCAGGGGUUGCUGGACUUGUCCAGCAGACACUUCGAUGUGGUGGAGAAGGGAAACGAGCAGGUGAAGAUUCACCCCGGUUUUCGCCUGUUCGCGUGUAUGAACCCGCCAGUCAUCCCGAAUUUGAAGAAGGGAAAAGGAAACGUGCGGGGAGCAGCCAACGGGGAAGAAGCUAAGAAGAAGGGGUUGACGAGCAGCGGAAAGGAGGGCCUCCCGCAGCAGGGUGACCUCGCAGACGAGGCGGACGAUGAGGACCACCACAUCGACCUGUACAACAGCUCUGUAUCUUCGGGGAAGAAGGAACUGCCGCCCAUUUUGCGGAACAAAUUUACAGAAAUCUUUGUGGACGAAAUAUUACAGUACGAGGAUGUCGAAAUGCUGGUUAAGCAUUUGCUCAGGGAGGUCACCUCCGAUGGGGGGCUCAUAAAGAACAUCACCCACUGCUACCUCGAAGUGAAGAAGGAGAGCCUGAAAAAUAUGAGCGGAGCACAAAAUAAGCCCAUUUUCUUUUCCACCCGAAAUUUGGUCAGAGCAGUGCAGUACGCGGUGUGCGUACACAAAAGGAAGUUCCACCCGUUACCGCUACACACAGCUGUUAGGAACGGAUUCGUGUGCAACUUUCUCAGCUCCGUUAGUGUAGAAAAUCAAAAAUUAGUGGAGCAGAUUUUUAAUAAACACUUCAAAUAUGGCCAGGGGAAGAGCGCGCAACAGGGGGGAGGUACCCCCAAUGACAGGAGCAUGCAGAUUGAAAAAAACGGGGUGAUAAAUUACGCCAUGCUGGAGAGCUACUACCAGUACAGGUACUUCGACACGAGAAGGGGGACCUCCACGGAGGGGAGAGACCUCUCCUGCGUCGUAAAAAGUGCGAGAGCUGCCAAUGGGGGAGAUGCGCAAAUGAAGGGACAUCACCAGCUGCUGCAGGGGGAGCAUGUCCCUGGAGGCGGCACUCAACCGAGGGAGCCCCUGGACAAGUACGCGUGCGUCGAAAACAGCUGGAUCCUCUGCGGGAGGGAAGAAAUAAACCUCGUGAAUAUCCUCUCCAAUUUUAUAAUUACGAAAAAUGUGAAGGAGAAUAUCAAAAAACUGGCGCUCUGUUUGAGUGGCUCCAAAACGCCCAUCCUACUGGAGGGCAACACCUCCGUUGGGAAAACCUCCUUGGUGAAAUUCUUUGCAGACAUUACAGGGCACAAGUUUGUAAGGAUAAAUAAUCACAUGAACACAGAUAUGAAUGAGUACUAUGGGCAGUUUGUGAAUGACCCCAGUACCGGAAAUUUAAUUUUUGAAGAGGGGGUCUUUGUGAAGGCAGUCCGAAAUGGCUACUGGGUCGUUCUAGAUGAACUGAAUUUGGCACCUUCAGAAGUUUUAGAAUCGUUAAAUAGAAUUUUAGAUGACAAUAAAGAAUUGUACAUCCCAGAAUUGAAGCGGUACGUGAAGGCACACAAAGAUUUCAUGCUGUUUGCUACGCAGAAUCCCGCGAACAGUAGUAACUACCUCGGAAGGAAGGAACUGUCCAAAGCGUUUAGGAGCAGAUUCAUAGAAUUCUUCAUCAACGAUUUUGAGGAAAGCGAAUUGGAAAUUAUUUUACACAGACGGUGUGCCAUAUCGCCAAACAUUGCCAUAAAAAUGAUACGCGUUUUCGCUCAAUUGAGAACCGUCAAAUCAAAUUACAACUACUUUAAUGACAAUUUAAUGACCCUGCGUGAUUUAAUAAAGUGGGGAAACAGGUGCCCGAGGAGCAAUGCGGAUGCGUGUUUGCAGGGAUACUACAUCAUCGCGGAGAAGCUCAGGAAUGAGAAGGACCAGCGGACUGUAAGGACCAUCCUGAGUGAAAACUUCCUGCCCAAGGGGGAGGAACUGCUCGUGAGGUAUGAAGACGAUGAGGAUGUCCUCCGUUUGAAGGAGGCCUUCUGGAGGAAGAUCGGACAUUUGGGUGGGUUGGCCGUAGCAAAGGGGGGCGUCACCAAUAGGGGGGAGAAACUUCCUCCCACGGGGGAAACCCCCCAAACGGCUUCACACAACAACGCCGCGCGCGUGGAAUACCUGAAGAAUAUGCACCUGGGCAACAGCACGAGCAGAAUUCUGUGCCUGCUGCUAAAAUGCUUCAAACAUAAGGAGUCCGCCCUGCUGAUCGGAGAAACGGGGUGCGGAAAAACCACCUGUUGCGAGUUGCUAAGUUUUGUGAAGAGUCAAAAGCUGAACAUUUUAAAUUGCAACGAAAGCACAGAUGUGUACGACAUUAUAGGCAGCUUAAAACUGGUGAGAAAUGAAAAGGAAAAUUUCGAAAAGGUAAAAAAGAACUGCAUCGAAUUGUACAACGAAAUAAUGAGUCAGUACGCGGACCCCUUUGCAGCGAAUUAUUUGAGCGGUAUAAUACACGACCAAAUUAGGGAGGUGAAGAAGGAGGACUUGCUAAUAUUUACAUUAUACCUACAGAAGAGGUACCCCCUAAGCGAAUCUAUAAAGAAUAAACUGCUCAAACUGGAGAUGGCCAUUAACAAUUUGAAGUCCCUUUUUACCUGGUUCGAUGGCAUCCUCGUUUCUUCCUUAAAAAAAGGAGACAUCUUUCUGAUGGAUGAAAUUUCGCUAGUCGAAUCGGCGGUCCUGGAAAGGCUAAACUCCGUGUUGGAAUACGAAAGGACUUUAUUGUUAACAGAAAAGGGGGGGAAGGAUAUCCAAAAUGUGAAGGCGCACGAUGAGUUCUGCUUCAUAGGAACGAUGAAUCCAAGUGGCGAUUUUGGAAAGAAAGAAAUCUCGCAAACGUUGAAAAAUAGAUUUACAGAAAUUUUCGUGCCAUCAUUUGACUACGACUCGGAGGACUACUACUUUUUAAUCCUCAAGCAGAUGGAGUUUACCAAGGUGAAGAGCUUCAAAUGUAGGACGGCCGACUGCCUGUGUCGCCUCUUUCAGCAAAUCGCACAGAAUAAAGCCAUCACAAAUGAUGUGAUCCUUUCGGUGAGGGACACCAUCAAGUGGAUCUCCUUCAUGAAUGCGUAUGUAGGAAGGCGCAAGGAGAUGUACCUGCGGAGGGGGGAGAACCCACCGAAGAGGGCCCUCAAACGGUACAUUGUGAGAAGCUUCUUUCAUAGCGGCUUCCUCAUACUGAUAGACGGAAAAGAGGACCCCAAAACGAAAGCGGUUUUGAAAGAACUACUCAGGAGGAGCUUACUACACUUGGCUUCAUCCAUUAACUGUAGCGCGGCUGAGGGAGGGACCCCCCAAACGAGGGGACUCUCGCGCGUAGAAGCCCUUUUCCACCAGACGUACACUUUCCAGUUUAGUAGGAAGCACCUCCAGGUGAACGACUUCCGAAUCAAAUUUAGGAGAAAACUUACGACCCCCUUUGAUCAGUUCGCAACAAAUUGCCAAUUCGUAUUUGACACGCCAAACAUUAAAAAGAAUUUAUUUAAAAUCGUGAGGGCCAUGCAGCUGCAGAAUUCUAUCCUGCUGGAGGGCUCCCCCGGGGUUGGAAAAACGUGCAUUAUUAACAUUUUGGCAAAAUUGACGAAUAAUAAAUUGAUUCGGAUUAACCUCUCCGAGUGCACCGACAUUUACGACUUGAUCGGGUCCUACUUCCCCGUAAAGGGUGAAGGGGAAAGAGGCCUCAGGAGUGGGACCCAGGUUAGGGAAGGCACCCCCGGGGAGCGCGCCGAGGCCCCCUUUCAGUACUUUUGGAAAGACGGCAAACUCAUCGAGUGCAUGAAGAAGGGCUACUGGAUCCUCAUUGAUGAAAUAAAUCUGGCCAACCAACAGACGCUCGAGGGGAUCAACUCCAUUUUGGACCACCGGAAAGAAAUAUUUAUCCCCGAAACGAACGAAACGGUUAGGAGCCAUCCCAAUUUUCGACUGUUCUGUUGCCAAAACCCGUAUAGCGAAGGCGGGGGGAGGAAGGGCCUCCCCAAAUCCUUCCUCAACAGAUUUUCCAAAAUUUAUUUUGAGGAGCUGAACGAGGAAGACUACCUCUGCAUUGUGCAGAGGCUCUAUGGCGGCUGCAUCCCCAAGGAGGACAUUCGGAAGAUUAUCACCGUGGCCUUCGUGAUGAAAAGGAUAAACCCCCUCCUUAGGGACAGCGAGUGCUGGGUGUGGAACCUCAGGGACAUUCUGCGCAUUUGCAAGUUUUUGCGGGGGAGCGGCCAGGGUAGUGGUGGAAGCGGUGGGGAAAUCGAUCAAAGAAGCAGCUGUGGAACCCGCCUCGUCCCCAUCUGCGACAUGCUCGUGUGCAGCCGGCUCACGUGCGCCGAGGAUAGAGAAAUCGCGCGCUGCGUUAUCGCGAGCGUGCACAGUGGCGGAGGCACCAGCGGGGAGGAGUUCUUAAAAAGCCUCUCCGAAGCAACGUCCAGGGAGGGGCUACUGACCCUUGUGAGGAGCACCCAGGGGAACCAGUUGAGCGGCGUUUACGCAAAUUUGUAUUAUAACGAGGAUAACCUUUGCGCGGCCUAUGAAUGCAGAACUAAAUCAGGCCCAGGAAGAAUGGGAAGCAUGCCAAGUCAAGUACCGCCAUCCACCCUCCUCCUAUCCAAAGACGAAAAAAUAUACUACGCGUGUGAAGCGGCCAUCAGGUUGAGUAUACCCAUUCUGUUAAGUGGAAAAAAUAAUUCCGGAAAAUCCUCCUUCGUUAAUCGGCUGGCACACACAUUUGAGAAGAAGCUGUUCGAAUUUUCGCUGACGAAUGACAUGGACACCUUCGACCUGUUCGGCUGCUACGAACACAACAGUCGGGACAACGUAAUAAAAAAAGUGGAAAGGAAAAUGCACAUUUUGAAUAAACUCCUUUUGAGAAACGUUUUGAAAAAAAAAAAUUUUAAAAAAUUUUACCGCGCGUAUUUUGCGAAAGGGAAAUUGCAACGAAGAAACAAACGAAUGAAAAUUAACGUCAUGGUGAGAUUGAACUGCCUGGCAGAGGAAUUCAUUCGUGCGUUGAGAAGGGGCGGUGUAUCUGAUGAGGAUGCCUCGUCUGCUAGGAAAAACUACGUACAUUUUGUGCAAACCGGUAUGAAGGCCACGGCGAUGAUGCAGAAUAAGUGGAGGGGAAAAAACCGAAUUGAAGAGGCCCUUCGCGAGAUAAGCCGCCUCUUCGAAACCAUUAGGAACAAUCACAUUAACGAAAAUGUUUAUAUCUACAACGAAGGGAAUUUCAUUAAAGCCAUCAGGAAUGGGCACUGGGUGCUGGUUAAGCAUGUGCACCUGUCGACCCCCUCUUUGCUGGACAGGCUCAACAGCCUCUUUGAAGAAAACGGGUACAUGCUUUUACACGAAUUUGGAAAGAAGAAAAAAAUCAAGCCCCACAGAAAUUUCCAAAUCUUUUUAACCUUAAAUUCGGAGGAACAUUACAAAAUUAGCAAAGCGUUGCGAAACCGCUGUUUUGAGAUUCACUUUGGGGGCCCCGCUUCUGAGUAUGUUGGGAACGCCAUAAGUUUGCAUAACCAAUCUGGGGGCAGCGUUUUUGCCAGAUGUGAUCCGUUACCCCUCUGCCGCAGGGAUGAUGCGGUUGAGCAGAGCAGUGAGGGGGUGCUAGCGGCACGCACCGCUAUCGGUGAAGCUGCCAAUUUUGGGGAAAAUAAAACACCCGAUGAGCAGAGUGGCACCCCCGACGGCAGCUUCGUCAUGCGCGUGGCGAAUAUUUGCUUCAGCGGGGAGGGGGGCCGCCAUGCAGAAGAAAAAGCGGAGGAGGUCACAGCGGAAGAGGUCACAGCGGAAGAGGAGGACUACUUGAACCUCGUCAGGAAGGGCAACGUGCUGCACUACCUGAUGCAGGCCUUUUUGAAGAAGAUUCAGAAGGUGGGGGCUGCAAGGGGGGGCGAAGAUGUGGAGGCUGCAGUUGCUUCUGCAGGUGGGCGCGGCGAAGAUGUGAGGGCCCUAAUGGUGAGCCUCUUCUUCAACCAGGGAGAGCUAAAAACGAAUUGCACCAAAGUGAUGGACUACGUAAACUACUGCUGCGAGCGUUUCCUAAGCGUGAAGGGCGUGAGGCCCACCACAGACGUUAUUCACUUCUGCGUAGCCAUAUCGAUGACGGUGUACGUGAUGGAGCAAAUGCUAGUGGAAGAAGAAGUUGCAGAGAAGAGGAAGAAAAUCGCCCGCAUGGAGCAAACAAAUUGGAAGCAAAAGAACGUGAAGUGGCACCAAAAUUUUAAAAUCCACCUAAACGCAUUGCUAAAUUGUAAAUUUGAAAAUAAUUUUUACCACAUAGAUAAUUACAUCAUGUAUAUGUGUAGCCACUUUUUACGGGUCGGACGAAAUCGAAGAGGUGGGGAGAAAGCGGCUUCCCCUUUUAAGCAGUGGGAGGAAAUGUUCGCAAAUUCAUUUGUAAAUUUUUACUGCCAAAUGUAUUCCAAGUUGAGUGAAAAAACGCAGUUAUUUUUUUUCCCUUUUUUUGAAUGUCUUCACAAAUGCGUACUAAAAACGGUACUUAACAUCAAAAGUGGGAACCGUCAGUUUGCAAAAAGUGGGAACCUUCAGGAGGGGCUGAUACGAAGGAUAAAUCGUUCGAACAAAUUCGCGCACAGGAUAAAAGGGAGACAUUUUAUAUACCUUUAUUUUCACUGCUUCGUUAAUUUUGUUAAUACGUAUUAUAGAAGUUAUCGGAAGGAACGGAAGAGAGGCCCCUUCGCCAACGACGCAGGAGCGUGCCCCCCAGUUUACAUAGCCAAAGAGAUCGCCUUGGUCCAAUCGAUGAGCAACCUCAAAUUGAACCGACUGUUUUGCUACACGGUGUACUCCUUUUUGGAAAAUUUCUCCCACAAGGAUCUCUUCUACAGAUAUGAGCAUCUUCUGAACAUCAAAAAUAGGAUAGCCGUUAGGGGGAAACUCGACCAGGCGCAAGUGGUGAAGUACCUCGAUUUUGUUACGGGCAGAGUGAUAAGGGGGAAGCUAGGCUACUUUGGCGUCAUGCGCGAUUGUGUGUUUGGCGCGAUUAGCGCGAUUGGCGGAGGGAGUGGCGGAGAAAGAAGCGCACGCCGUAGGGGAGUUCCUUAUGGGGAUGCGCUGGCCGCCGCCAGGGCCGCACUUAGACCGCUGCCCGCCGCGAGGAAACGGCUCCUCGCCCAGGAGGACCCCAAACUGGCGAAGCGGCUGUACUUGUUCGAGGCGUUUCUCAAGUGGAACGUGAGCUACCGCUACUUUGAAAGGUGCAGCCAAAUAGGGAGCUCCGAUUGUGAGUCCUCCUCCAAAUCGACGACGAAGCAGCGCCGCCCCUGGCUGCUAACGAACAAGUUCCUGACGCAUGUAGAGGAGGUGCUCUUCAAAAUGGCUAAUCGUGGGAGGAGCUCCCGAGAGGACGAAGACGCCUUCAGUUACUACCUCUUCGUAUACCUAUUCACCUUCGACAGCCUGUGCAACGUAAGAAGCGAUGAUGUGUACAUGAAAAUUACCUUCCUGGUGGACGCCCUGAAAUGUGCAUUCAGAUGGGAGAAGUAUGCCAAGCAGAAUUGCAAGCUGAUGAAACUUUUACAAAAGGCAAAAAGGGCAGCUGAGCGGAGUGAAUUACACACCCCUAUUGGGGACAUCCAAACGGGUGGCGACUUCCACCAAAGGGAUAACUCUCCAUUGACCGGCUCUAACAGAGUGAAGGAAAAAAUGAGAUGGUGGAGGAAAUCCGCCAGCCAAGAACAGAUGGUUGUGGGGACCCCCUCAAUUGAGUACUUCUCCAACCGGUGGGUAAAGAACAUUUUCGAAAUUGUUAACAACGUAUAUGUAAGUCAUUUUGUUCAUUUGGUGAAUCUGGGCAGGUACCAUUACGCCCUGCUGAAUCGCCCCGUUAGUGGUGUAGAAGAGGGUAGGAGAAUAAACCCCUUAUGGAGCUUCCUUCUUGAUGGGGAAGAGGGAAAAAACGUGCACGAUGAUGUGGAAAAUUUGCUCAUUCAAACGAAGUCCCUCUCCCAAGCUUUAAAGGUUUUACAAAAUGACCCUCCCAAGGUAGCAAAAAUUGAGAAAUUAAUUAUGGCCAAUUUGGCUACCAAAAAGGAGGUGAUACCUUUGGAUGUGUUUACGUCGACGGAGCGGUUGCAGCCGAUGGGGGGAUACCAGAAUGGAGAGGAAGAAGAAGAAGGCAGCGAGCAGGAUGGAUCCAGGGACCCCCCACGAAAGGGAGGCAACUCGGAUGGAAAAGGAAACCAACUGCUCUUUCACUACCAGUUUAUCAUUUUUAACAUCCACCUGAAGUACCUACAUAACGCGUUCGUUUAUUUUCUAAACACGUACAUGUGGUUGAAGGGGGAGCAGAUGUAUGGCCAUUCCGGCGGUGCACAGCAGAGAACGGCGGAGGCGAGCCGCCCAGGGGAAGGUCCCCACAGGGGGGCCAUAAGCAACACCGUAGAGCGCGUAAAAGGAGACUUAAAACGGAUGUACAAUUAUCUACGCGGAAUGGAAAAAACCUUAUUUUUGCAGGAGGAGAAAAUCGAGGUGCUGAGCUUGCUGAAGGAGAAGUACGGGAGGUUGGAAUGGGCCCAGCAGGAGGGGCGUCAAAGCGGGGUGGAAGGUGCGUCAAGUGCCCCUCCAAGUGCCGCUCCAUAUGGCGCACCCGCGGGGGAGAGGACUCCCCUCGAGCUGCAGGUGACGUUCUCCAUCGUGGAGGAAUUGCUCCACCUGCUCUACUGCUUCCUGAUGAAUGUGUAUCUGGUGAGGGACAAACGUUACGACUACGCGAAGGAAGACGUGAAUCGCGUCGACUUCGGCCACAACGAGGAUGAGGCGAAUUAUUCACGCGACUUUUUCAGAGAAGGGUGGGGAGCAUAUCAGGGGGGGUCCCAACCAAAUGGCACGAAUGUGCAUCACCCAGGUUUGUCCCCCUCCUGGGGUGGUAACAACAGGAUGAUGGGUCCUACCACCGAUGAUGAAAAUGGAACGCUUAUAGGGAGACUUCCUCCCUGUGCCACUCCCCACAAAAUGAAGCGAAACAACGUAACGUACGAAGGGUACUCCCUAUUUAGAGACAUCUACGUUAACAGAUGCUUCGACGAGGCGAGCACGUUUGGGCUGUACCCAUACGUGAGCUCCUCCCUGGUGAACCAAACGGUCAUAUUCGAUUCAGCUGUGAGCAUAUAUCAGGAGCUGAACCGAAAGAAGGUUACCCUGUUUUAUUUAAACAUGAGCCAUGUUAUCUUUCGGAGCUUGAAAAGGAGUUACCACGACUACGUGGAGAGGGCCGCCCCUGGCGCGGUGAAGUCAGUCAGCGAGGCGAUGCCAUAUGAUGCCCUUCCCGGAGGAGAAGCCCAUUGGACGAGCAAACUAUCACUGAAGAGUAGAGGGCAAAGCAGCGCGCGUUACUAUUUCGCCUUCCACGCAAUGACCAUCUUUUUUAACACCCUAAACGGUGACGCGUUAAAAGGGGAGGACUCCAAGAGGGACAGACUGCUUCUGCACAUUCUGGACCUCUUCCGCUUUGUCGUGGAUGGGAGGGGGGAGAAGGCAUUCCCCGAAAUGUUACUUCACCUGUUGGAGGUACACCAAUGUGUGCGCAGUUUGAGAGAUAAGGUUCGUCAUUUUGAAAAAGUAGGAAAGUACCUCUUUGCAGUGCUGUUUAUUAUGUUUAGAUUUAUUUUAAGAAAUUUGCGGGGCCACCCCGCGAUGGGUGAUUGCUCGCCUGCAAAGUGCACCAUGGGGAAUUCGCGAAAAUGCCUGAGCGGAGGAACCCCCACGUGUGAAGGCAUCGAAGGGGUAACAAAUGAACCGAAUGAAAACGCCGAAGAGCUGCACAGCUGGAUGCACCACCUGUUGGGGAAGACGAACCAGGAGGUGCAACAAACGCUGCAUGUGCUCUUCCCGGAUCAUCUCAUCGUAGCGGAUUUGACGGAGAAGUACCAAGAGGAAGAGUUCCUGUUCUCCCUGGGCUGCCUAUACAUAUCCCACUACUUCUUAAACGUCAUUUGCUCCCAAGUGAGGAAAGAAAUUAAGAACAUUUUCAAACAGAUGGAGGUGAGGAGUUACCUGAACAAGUCAGUCGCACCGUUGAGGGAGGAAAUCUACAUGGGAGCCCAGCACAACAUGUACGUGGAGAAAGUGAACCCACUUGAGCAGAUAUCCCAUGGCGAUUUCCUCAAAAUGAGGAGGAAGAAACAGUUGAAGGGGCACCUAAACAGUAUGAAGACGAAUUUGCCGCUACUACCGAAGAUUUUACAAAAUGUAAAGAAGGGGAAGAAAAAAAAAUUGAAAAGGCUCUUAACCAAAUGUGAAAGGAACAACAACCCAUGUGCAUACCUCAUCGCAGGGUACAUCAGAAAAAACAGCGCCAAGAACAUGCACACAUUGUACGUAGAAUUGAAGAAUGAGCACAGGGAAUUUAUAAAGAAUUUGCUACCCCUGGAGAGUAUAGAAAAGAGUGUUCUCUUGGCGCUAAUCAGUUCGGACGAUUUGAUUAACCCUUCGGUUGUAAACACGUGCCUCAAUUUUGCCCACCACGUAAGGGAGAGGUACAGUUUGGUGUCAAAAUUUUCGCAGGCCAUCACCCAUUCGGUGAGUGUGCUCAUACACGCAGUGCACGGGGUGAACCUCUCCAUUUUGAGAAGCAAGCAAAGUGGGGCGAGCGCAGAAAGGGGAGAAGCUGGAAAAAGCGCAAAAAUGGAGGGAAGAACAACCCCCCCGCGGGGCAUCCUCCAACUCGACCGAAAAGGAAACAAGAACGACCUGUACAGGUGCAUUAAAUUCCCACUCAAUUUUAACAAAAUUUUAAAGCUAAAAAAGAAUUGCUAUGAAAACCAAAUUGACGACUUGGAGUACCUCCACUUCGUCACGAAGAUGUUAAAAAAGCCGAGGAAUAUUUCCACCCAGUUUGACGUGGCAUCCCUGCUCCCUCUUCUAAAACGGAUGUGCAGACAAAUUGUCAUUUACAAUGAAAAAGACGAGGCGGACGACAUGAAUGAGUUCCUCAAAAUUGAGCAGUUCAAGAGCAGAACCGCCCAGGAGAUGCGCCAAGGUUUGGUCGACCGGGAGUUUAUAGAGAAGAACAUCGCGAAGGAGCUGGACAGUGUGUUCUACUCGCAGGAGUAUUUUUCCACCCACGUGGGGGGUGCGGCCGUUGAAGGGGGCAGCGAAGAGCUGAGCAGCAAACAGCACAGCAUCGAACAGCAGCGCGGUGAAGGUGCGGAUCGGGAAGGUGUCGAUCGGGAAGGUGCCCAACGGGGUAGCCGCCAACCUGACGCCGGCCAAGCAGAAACGGAAAAGCCAAACGAACCGCUCUUCCACAAAAUUGUGUACAAAAUGGCGAAGCUAUUCAAGGGGGGGAAGAAAAAUCCGCGGAAGGAAAACCCCCCCCGAAGUGAAAUUGAAAAAACGAAGAGGAGUGUAAAGCACACGCUGGAUAUGCUCAUACGGCUGAACUGCGGGGGGGAAAAAACCAGCGUCACCGCUGCGCACAGAAGGGAAGGACAAAACGGAGGCACAUUUCUUCUGAGGAGGAAGAAUGAGGAGAAGAGGCUCCUCCUUUUUACUCUUAACAUGUUGACCCAAUUUAGCGACUUGACAAAGUAUAGUAACAACAAAUUUGAAAUUUUUAAAAAAAAAAUCGCAGAGUGUUUGCAAAACUGUAGGAACAAAAAUCACGUAUACAUAAAUCACUAUGUUAACCUGCUGGACGAUAACUUCAUGCAGUAUAUCUUCAGCGCGCUGAACGACUUGUGCAUCUUGCUCAUCAAUUUGAAGAAGGCGUUUGUGCCCAUUUACAACGAAAGCGGGAACAUCAAUGUGUUGAGCAUACUCAGUGGUAUUAAUAACAUACUGAACUUCCCCAUUAGCAAUAUUGAAGGGGAGAUAGAAAAGAUAAUUUAUAAACUGGAGCACCUGGUUAGUCUCAUCCUCUCUCUGAAAAAUGACAAUUAUGUGAACUUUGAUGAGGUCACCAUGAGGAGGGUCAAACAGGUCAUGCGAGACAGCGCGCCGGAGGAGUUACUAAUCUAUACCGUCUACUUCAGGCUCUACAAACUGAAGAGCGUAAAAGCGAUUCGGAAAAACCUAAGUAGGAAAAUUGUGAAAGGGAGGACGCUCAGUUUGUUCGCCUAUAUGUUUUACCUCUGCUAUGACGAUGCGGAACAGCAGCAGGAGGAGCAGCAGCAGGAGCAGCGGGAGCAGCAGUUGAGGAGGGGGGUCAACGGGGUGAGCCCCACACAGGAGAAUCCCAACAAUAGUGACACCUACCUCCAACGGGACAACCGCGCGAAGGUCAAAAUUGUGAAGACGUUCGAAACGCUGGUCAUCUUCCUGAGGGACUCCAUGGUGGGGGAGUUCCCUGCGCGGCUAAACCUGAUAGACUUCAUCGCCAACCUGUUUAGGAACUCGCAGAAGCAGAGCGAACGGAUGAUGAGCAACGUAUUUUCAAAUGUGCACAGCUACAUGCGGAUAUAUUUGCCCCUUAUAAAAAAACGCAUAGCAAAUUCGAAGAGAUAUUUUGACGUGCAGCUGAGGAAGGCUUUAGAAAAAAUGAAUUUCGACCUGGUCGAUCUGGAGGCCUACAAGUGGUCCAUCAUGAAGCUGAAGAGGAAAGUCGCCUACUUCGCAAAGUUGUACUUUCAGCAGAUCAGCGUCACGGUGGAUAAGCUCAUCGUGCAGAGUGGUGCGAAUGGCGCAAAUGGCACAAAUGGGGGGAGCCCCGUUUUUGCGCAAAAUGGCAUGGACACCUUGGCGGACCCGCUGGCAACCCCCCUGGAAGAGGAAGUGAGCCCCGAUGCGCACAGCGCAAGCGGAUCGUCUUCCCCCGAAGAGGAGCAUCACAAUGGAGCCGCCACCAAUUCAUCGGAAGAGGAUGAAAGGACAGCGGUUUGUCAGAGCGACGCUGCUGAGGGGGGGGAGGACAACACCACUGCCGCUGAAGGGGAAAAGCAAAACCGGUUCCAGGACCACCUGAACGAAUUGAAAGAAUCCCUAACUCGGCUGAGAAAGAAAGUAAAAACGAAGAAGCCCUUGGACCAGUUCCUAACCAACAUGAAUCUCCACAACAGCUUUGAAGAUAUCUCCCUAAAUUUCACCGCCGAGGUGAGGAACGUAUUAAAUGUGCACUGCAAAGAGGCUGGCAUAAAUCAGAAGAAGAGGUGGAUCUACAUACUGAAGCACUUCCUCAGGAGGAAGUUAAACAUCCCCCCCUUGAACAGUUUGGACAAUUUUAAUUUCUUCUCGAGCCUUUUUCAAAAUGACGCACAUGGUUGCGACAGUAGGGGGAGUGGUUUGUUUGCCCUGGAGUAUCGCUGCCCUGGGGAGAUUUUGGCCGAGCUGAAAAGUUGCCUAGUGUACAUGAUCGAGCAGGGUGAGUCGCUAAACGGGGAGGGGGUGAACGCGGAGCAGGUGGAGCAAGCGAAUGAGGAGGUGCGCCUCAUGGAAGAGCAACUGCAGAAGGAUGUAAAGAGAAACAGGAUGUACACUCUCCACUUUUUAGAUCAAAUAAAUGACGUUCUAAAUCGUAGCGAAGAAAAAAACGCAGAAAUUUUGCACCUGACCAUUUACAUAAGAUCGAUAAGGAUACAUGAAGACAUGGCAAAUGACGAGGCGCUGUACUACCUCUUCAAUGCGAUCAUUUGUGAAUACUUUAAUAUGAGGAAAGAAGUUACCCUUUUUUACCGCCAUUUUGUGUGCUACUACCUCCUGGCAACAACUCUCCUGUGCGAGAAGAGAUACGGACUGGAUUACCUUCUCGUCGAUUUUUCCACCUUUGAGACCUUUUUGGAAAGAUGCAACCUCGUGAAGGGAGCACUACUGCAGGUGCUGAGCAGCGGGUUCUGUGCAACAGCUUGUAAGGCGGACCGACAGCGAGCUAGCCAUUUUUUCAAAAGCGCAAUAAAGUGUGUGUACCAAAUGGCGUACAUCACGCACAGCUCAAAUGAGUUUAGGAUGUUUAACUACUUUAGAAAUGUGAGAACUUCCAGCAGAGGGAGCAUGUUGGAAGAAUUACUGGGUGUCGCCCCCCCGUGUAUGAAACUUAGAGUGAGCGUCAAUUUUUUGGACUCCCUAAAAACGUGCAUAACUUUUUUGAGAGACAACGUGAGUGAAAUUUUUGCCCUGAACGUGGCUCCCUACUUUAAGGAAAAGCUUCACGCACAGGUGGUGAAAUUGGUAGGUCUCUUCCACCAGAUGGAAGGCGGCUCGCCGGGGGUGACAACCCAUUGUGGGGGGGAAGUAUCCCCAUUUGGAAAGGACCCGAAGUAUUAUUUGGAUGAUAACCCCUCGGAAGAUGAAGUGGAAAAACUGAACGACCAAAUGUGCCGCUUCAUAAGCAACAUGGUGCAGGGGAAGUCCAUCAUAUUUAUUAGGGACUACCCAGAUUUUCAAAAUCGUAAGAACGUGAACGAAAUGUACCGCAUGAAGGACAUCGUCCGAAUGUACCUAACCCUGCAGAGUAAGUACGGCCUGCUUGGGGGAAGCGGAAAAGAGAGCAAGCCAGUUAAAGUAUUUCACUAUCUUAACAAAAAUUUGUUUUAUUUUACCAAGUGCGUCCUUCUAUACCAGCUCGAUAUAUUUCUGGGCCUCUCAAAUGUGUCUCUUUACUUCCUAAAGGUGCUGAAAAUUUUAUACACUAAGGGGCUCUGCAGGGAGGAGGCAAACGGGAAGGAUGCGGUGAAGGGGGCGAAGGAGGAAGAGGACGUCUUCCAUAAAGUGGACUUCCUACAAGGUAUAGGGUUAGGAGAAGGGAAAGGAAUUAAAAAUAUUAGCAGCCAAGUGGAUAAUGAAGAUGUAGAUAACAUGUAUAAUGAGGAAGAGCAAAACUUCAGUCAAGAGGACAACGACUUUGAUGAAGAAGCGAUUGAGGCAACCUACAAUUUUGAAAAGUUCUGUGAGAAGGAGCUGACCGGAGGGGAGCAGCGCGGCGGUGAGGAUAACUCCGCCAAGUUGGAAAACGAGCAGAACAAUUUGGACGUGGAGAGAAGGGGGCCGACGAAGCAGGAAGAGAACAGCAAUAAUAGCAAUAGUAAUAAUAACAAUGACGCGAACGAGGGGGGGGACCCCGAGGCCGACCCACAGGGUUCAAAAGAACAGCAGCACCCGGUCGAUGAUGUCCUCGAGAAAAAUAAGAGCAACCAGUGGGACGUCAGUGAGCGCAGCGGUGCAUUGGAGGAUGCGCUGAAGGGGGACAACCGGGGGGAGGACGACCGGGGGGAGGACGACGCGGAAAAGGAAGCCAAUAGAGACGUGGCCGAGGAGGGGAAGGACCAGAUGGACAACCCAGACGGGGAAGCGAAAAAACCGGAACAACCUAUAGAGGGCAACCGAACGGACGAGCCCUCCAGCGGAGCCCCAAACGAACGGAAAACGGUCAAUCUGGAGAAUGACGGUGAGGGGGACACGAAUGAAUUUCCAAAGGGAGAACCAAAUGAGAGCUGCGGUUUGACCGGCGAGCAAAAAUCUGAUAACCAAAGGGCAGAUCAUUUGGAUGACCUGAUGGGGGAAGGAAACGAACCGCUAAAUGGAGGGAGCCACGAAAUGAACAACGAAUUUGACUUUAACUUGGACUCCAAUUUUGAAAUAGAAUCGAGCGACUUUUCCAAAAGCUGCAGCGAAAGGUCCUUUGCCAGUAGGGAGGAAAACUUCGAUGCGCACUCGGAUGAGGAGAUGGCAAAGGAAGAUCAAGCUGCUUCUCCGAACAGGGAAGAGCGCGAUGAGGGCAGGAGGAACGAACGGGAAUUUAGCGAACAGGAUCCGGGCGAAGUUGACGUCCACCACGAAGUGGAAGAGUUCGAUGGGGAUGCGUCCCACGAGGGGGAGGCCGCAGGACAAUCGGAGGACGCUGAACACUCAGAUGACGCGUAUGACGGGGAUGAGUCCGAGGUGGAGCAGCCCGACCAGAUGGACCAAUUCGAUGCGGAUAAGCGGACGAAUGACCGAAGGGGGAAGGGCUUCAAGAGCGGUCAGGUGGAGCCGCAGGAGGGGCAGGCGGACCCCGCCGAAGGGGAGAAAGAGAGCGCAAAUAGUGCAGAUAGUGCAGAUAGCGCGGAUGAUGCGGAGGAGAGGGGCGACGGGACGCUUCCCCAGGAUGGUGAAAAAGAGGGUGAUCCGACUGGGGAGCAAUCUGGGGAGCAAUCUGGGGAGCAAUCUGGGGAGCAAUCUGGGGAGCAAUCUGGGGAGCAAUCUGGGGAGCAAUCUGGGGAGCAAUCUGGGGAGCAAUCUGGGGAGCAAUCUGGGGAGCAAUCUGGGGAGCAAUCUGGGGAGCAAUCUGGGGAGCAAUCUGAGGAGCAACAUGGAGACCGCACUGAUGACGAAGCGGCUGCCCAACUGGAUGACCAACUGGAUGACGAAGCGGUUGCCCAAAUCGGUGAAGAGCCAACCGCAGAGGCCUGCGAAGAAGGAGGGGCAGCCGAGGAGGACCAACACAGCAGCGAGGUGCAAGGCGAAAGGGAGCGAACCAGGCCAGGUGAAAAGCACACCGAACGUAGGGAAAAAUUUGGAGAAACUGUCAAAGGGGACUUUACCCCAGAGGAAGAACUGCAAGAUGAGUACCAAGAUGAAAAAACGCGUAACGCACCCCCAGCGGGGCAUAUCGAUGAGGAGAAGAACCGCCCCGAGAUGGACAACUCUACGCACAAUUGGGAUGACGCGGGAGGUACUAACGAACAGACGUUCCACAAAGGCGACGAUGGAGAAGCUGACGCUGCAAAUAGGCAGAACGAAAGGGAAGGAAGUAGCCGCCAAGGGAAGAGCGAACAGAAGGACGACAAUGAUGAGGAGGGGACCGGUGCAAACGAUAUUUCAUUUUCAAUUGAUAAGUGCAAUAUAUAUACAAAAAAUUUUGUGGACAUAAGUAACUUUAUAGAAAAAAUAAAUGAGCGGUUGCUGAACAUGGGUAGGGAAGACGAUUCGGUGGAGAAUGAGAAGGCGAGGGAAGAUGCCAAAAGGGUGAAAGAAAAUUUUAACGCAACGAAAGAGGAACAUCCUACAACUAAGGAUGAGGAAAACACGUGCGGAGAGAUGCCCGUAGAUUUUGUCACCACAGGGGAAAGGCAGCCCGUGGAGCGGAUGAGCGAAAGGGAUGCCCAAGAUGCGAAGCUGAAUGAGAAGCAGGAGGGGGAACCCCGCGAAGGGAAUGAGGAAAAAGGUAAAUGUUCGAACGAGGCGACUGCGAGGAGGGCCCCGCGUGAGAGGAAAGACGUGGCCGAUGGGAAGAGCAGGGGAGGUGACUCGGAGGAGGGAGACGAAGCGGACCAGUUGGAAAACCAAUUGGAGGGUCAGCUGGAAGACCAAUUAGCGGACCAAUUGGAGGAUCACUUGGAGGACCACUUUGCGGACCAAACGAGCGACUUCCCCUCGACGGAGAACGGGUCGACGGACAAGGCCAGAGCGGCGGCCAGGGACCCGUACGAAACCACCUUCGAGGAAGAGGCCAACAACGGUGGGGAAGUCGCCCAACGGGAAAGUACCCCUUAUUUGGAAGAAAAAUUGCAAGCGCGCAGAAAGGAGGAAAAAAGCGCGAAAAAGGAAAAAAGCGCGAAAAAGGAAGAAAACGCGAAAAACACCGAAAACACACCAAAGAACGACGGCUAUUACAAAGUGCAUCGAAACGAACGGGCGCUGGAAAGGGAGUACUUGGCAGACGAUGGGGAAGAUGCUGCCGCGAAGAAGGUGCACGGCGGGGAGGGGGAAACGGCAUUGCCGUUCCUUAACGAAGAGGUGACGGCAGAGUAUGAAGAAAUAUACGACCAAAUAAACAGCGAAACGGAGGUGAUGUCCAGUCAGCUGUGUGAGCAAUUAAAAAUGAUCCUCGAACCGACUGUGCGGAAUAAAUACCAAGGGGAUUACAAAUCGGGAAAAAAAUUAAAUAUAAAAAAAUUAGUCAAUUAUUUUGCGAGCGAUUUCCGCAACAAUAAAAUCUGGAAGAGACGAACGAAAAUGAACAAGCGAGAUUACAACAUCGUCAUCGCAAUUGAUAAUACAAAGAGUAUGAAAAUAAAUAACAUACAAAGGAUGACAUUAAAUGCUAUAUUUUUAGUGGCCAGAGCAUUUGAAAAAUUACAAGUGGGAAGAAUAGGCAUAUGUUCCUUUGGAGAAAAUGACAACGGAAUUAAUGCGAACAAUGUUGUGUGCUCCAUGAGGAAUAGCCUUAAUAAACAGGACUUUUUAAAAAUUUUAAAUCAUUUCCAAUUUAAUAAUGACACGAAAAAUUCGUUCGAUAAUGCCAUGUUAAAUGCGCUAAAGAUUUGCAAUUAUAUUUUUAAAAACACGCAUAGCGGUACUCCACAGAGUGGAGGGAAAAAUGUGGUGAGUCAUUUAAUGCUCAUAAUCAGUGACGGUAGAUUUAACAAGAGUACUGUUCGAGCGGAAAUUUUCAAAUGCAUACAAAAUAAUUUCAUCCCAGUUUUGAUGAUCAUCGAUACGCAGAUUGCCAAUAACAAGGCGCAGUCCAUUUUCAAUUUGAAACAAACUUUUUACAAAGACAACAAGCUGCACAUCGUUCCCUACCUGCACGACUUCCCCUUUCCCUAUUUCGUCGUCGUCAGUGACAUCAACGAGAUUCCCACGCUCAUGUGUGACAUUAUCCGCCAGUGGUUCCAGACGCUGAGCAGUAGGUAG